GACAGAUUAACGUAUGUCUAUUACUAAGAACACAUAUUGUACAUAAUUUAUUAAUUAACAUUUUACAGGAUUCAAACACUGGGAGCACAAUUGUGUAGAAUAUUUUUCACUACACACAAAACUGGCAACACCUAACAGACAUGCGCCCCGCACACGAUGUCCUCUUUGAGUGCGCAUGCGCAGUAUCACCAUACCGGCGGAGGCAGAACGGUAGCAGCUCAAACGACGCAGGGAUUAACCAGACCGUUUUGACAGGCAACACCAUGAGUCAGGGCAAAGACAAUGCACGUCUCAAAAGCUAUAAAAACAAAUCCCUCAACACAGAUGAGAUGAGGAGGAGGAGGGAAGAGGAAGGUCUGCAACUUCGCAAACAGAAGAAAGACGAACAGUUGUUCAAGCGCAGAAAUGUGGCCACAGUGGAAGAGGAUGGUGCACUGGAGGAUGAUGGGAUGUCAGACAGUGGAUACCUGGAAUCACAGGCCAACAAUAUGGACCAAAUCACGGGAAGUGUGAUAUCUGAGGAUAUGAUACAGAUGAUCUUCUCUAGCUCUCCUGAACAACAGCUCAUCGGAACACAACGCUUCAGAAAACUCUUAUCUAAGGAACCUAAUCCCCCCAUCGAUGAGGUUAUUGCCACCCCUGGGGUCGUGGAGCGUUUCGUUGAGUUCCUGAAAAGAAGGGAGAACUGCACGCUACAGUUUGAAGCAGCUUGGGUCCUGACAAACAUCGCAUCAGGCACGUCCCACCAGACUCGCGUGGUCAUCCAGGCCGGGGCGGUGCCUAUUUUUAUUGAGAUGCUCACCUCAGAUUUUGAGGAUGUACAGGAACAGGCGGUGUGGGCUUUAGGCAACAUUGCAGGAGACAGCACCGAGUGCAGGGAUUAUGUUUUGGACUGCAAUAUUUUACCCUCUCUAAUACAGCUAUUGGCUAAACAAAACCGACUGACGAUGAUGAGGAACGCAGUUUGGGCUCUGUCCAACCUGUGUAGAGGAAAAAACCCACCCCCAGAUUUCGCCAAGGUAUCACCGUGUCUCAGUGUUCUCUCCUGGCUGUUGUUUGUGAAUGAUACCGACAUUCUGGCUGAUGCAUGCUGGGCUCUUUCUUAUCUCUCCGACGGACCCAAUGAGAAGAUACAGGCUGUUAUCGACUCGGGAGUCUGCCGCAGACUAGUGGAGCUACUCUUACAUGCAGAAUAUAAAGUGGUGUCCCCUGCUUUAAGAGCCGUAGGGAACAUUGUCACUGGAGAUGACCUUCAGACUCAGGUGAUUCUUAACUGUUCAGCCCUGCAAAGUCUUCUUCACCUGUUGAGUAGCCCAAAAGAGUCCAUCAAGAAAGAGGCAUGUUGGACCAUCUCUAACAUCACAGCUGGGAACCGUGCACAAAUACAGAUGGUGAUAGAUGCAGACUUGCUCCCUCCAUUGAUCCAUAUUCUGCAAGUAGCCGAGUUUCGUACAAGGAAGGAAGCAGCGUGGGCCAUCACAAAUGCAACGUCUGGUGGUUCCUCUGAGCAAAUCAGGCAUCUUGUUGAGCUUGGUUGCAUCAAACCUCUUUGUGACCUCCUGACGCUGAUGGAUUCAAAGAUCGUACAGGUGGCCCUAAAUGGUUUGGAGAACAUCUUACGAUUGGGUGAGCUGGAGGCAAAACGAGGUGGAGGCAUCAACCCCUACUGCGCCCUCAUUGAGGAAGCAUAUGGGUUGGACAAACUCGAGUUUCUGCAAGGUCAUGAAAACCAAGAAAUCUACCAGAAGGCUUUUGACCUGAUCGAGCGAUACUUUAACACAGAAGAUGAAGAUCCAGCCCUGGCACCUGCUGUGGAUCUCCAGCAGCAACAGUUCCUUUUCCAGCAGUGUGAUGCUCCUAUGGAUGGUUUCCAACUUUAACACCUUCCUUCCCCUUCUUCUCCAAGUAAUCCACCCUGAAGGGUGCGAGAUGUCCCCGGCCCAACAGAGCAAAGGAUUCAAAGAAUGAACGUUUUAAUUCAAGUGUGAUUAUACAAGAGCUUGUGUUGCCGGUCAACCCAUUUCCCCCCUCUUGUCCUGUUUCCUUGGUGUUAUUGGCCCAGUCCCGAAGGAUGAGCUACAGAACAAUGGCGACAUCAUGCCCAGAUGCAGGAAUCCUGAUGACCAGUUGACUUUUAGAUAUGACCUCAAUAUCCACACAGAUCCCACAUCCUUCACUCCUGCAUUAAAUGUUUAUUUAACCCUCAAUGCUUGCAUAUCACAUACACAUCCCCUCAGCCCAUUUAAGGUAAAUAAGGAGCCUGUACCAUGUAUUCAGGAAAACUGCAUCUAGCGAUGAGUUGAAAGAAGCUGGGAAAGCACAGCUUGUGUGACGUGACUGCAAUACUGACUCUGGCAAAGCAACUGCUUUUUAUGUUGGUAAACACUGGACUGACCGUGUGACUGUGUUGCAUGUCUCCAAAUUCCCCCCUGAAAGUCAAAGCUAAUCUGCGCCGAAGAACCCGAAAGGACGUCUACUAGGACAACUCAAAGACGGCCAGAACUGAGGGUUCCAGGCUUUUCUGACUCAGAAAGUCUCUUGCUUUGGACAUUUAACAUGCAUUCCGACAAUGACUGAACUUUAUAGGCUCCGCCUCUUCUUUUAGGGUUACUCAUUUGCACCUUUGGAAUUCUGGGAGUUGGAGUCUUACCACUUACUGAGACUGCUGGACAGAGGAAAAAACAGGAAGACUAACUUUUUGGUCCUUUAGACUGUGCAUUAACCAUUUGAUACUUCAAGAGGUCAUUUUCACUCGAGCAUCAUCUUCAUCGGCACUUUACGUUUAAUACAGACACCCUUUUGGAAAAGUCAAUUUUAGGCCCAAAUCGUUUCUCAGGAUAUUGAGGUGAAAAUUGUGGUGCAUUACAGGAUGAAUUUACCUAAAACACUAAGUAUUUAAGAGUGUGAUGUCAUUGCCUCAUUCUGCUGUGAAAACUCCGCCCCUUCAAAGCUUCCACCAUUGAUAAUAAGUACAUUUUAACAAGCUUUUCAAAAUCAAAGGCAUAGCUUCCUGAUGUGUGAGAGACAAACUUUUAUUAUUAAUGUCUAAUCAUGCUGAAUGCAAAAACACACAUAUAAGAGACACCAUAUUUUCUGAAUAACAUAAGAGGACAAAAUACAGAGCAGAGGGAUGUUUAUUUGAAAAUAGUUUUGUUUUAUUAUGUUUGUAUGUUUAUGUAUUUUUCUGAAGGUUCAAAUAUUUUCAACCGAAGGUGCCAUAAUCCACAUUUAAAAAUUGAGGUGGAAAAUGACAAGCAAAACAAACACAUCGACUUUAAAGACAAAAAUAUAUCAGCAAGUUUAAACUCAAAAUUACUAGGUUUUAGUGCAAAAUAUAUGAUUGUUUACUUUAGAAGUUUUCUUAUUUCAAUGUCAGAUUCUUCCCAAGAGAUGACCAACUCUUUGUGUUCAAUACUACUGUCGUAUUGAGAUUGUGUAACUGUUCUCUGUUACGCCAUUUGCAUAAACGCUGUUUCAUGAA